GCAGGCUUUGAAGGAGUACAUUGACCAAGCGAAGGGGAAAGGUAUCGAACCGCAGGUGGGCUGGCCAGCGCCGCACGCGGCAGAGGAUGUCAAACGAAUAUUCACAGUGUACAACCCCACGCCUGUCCAUUGAGUGGGGUUUGAGAUCAACGUACAGCCGCCUGCCAUACGCAUGUUCAAUUCAUGGAAGCGGAAUAAAAAGUACGUAUCUCUCACAGCCGCUUGCAAAGAGGGGCCACUCCUGCUCUCUCUCGCCAGCUUAUGACCCGGAUCUCCGCUCGCCGCUGCCGGACGCGAUUGGAGAGUCAGUCUCCGUCGUAGAAGAGGACUGCCAUCAGCAAGGGUCCAUGAAUAUCGAUUGCGGUCCGUUUUGCGUUUACAACCUGACGCAGCGCAUUCAUGACCUGCCCCUUACUACGCCUCGACUACCGACUGCCGAUCUACGGCAUGCUUUUGGCCAAUGGCUGAGAGCACAGUGCGUGCGAGCGCUAUACACUUGGCACAACCACGAGACGGCGGAUUGUACCCUCCGCGGCCUGUUCAAUGACCGUCAGCGCUUCCAUUGCCAACCCGAGGCGCUCCAUCUAGGAAGCGAGCCAACACGCUGCGGCCGACCGGCCUAGAAAAUCAACCGAGCCUACCAAGUCUACUGAACCGAAGCCACCGGAAGCAAAGGCGGCAAGCCGUCUGCUAUUGGAAUAUCCAGGACAUGGCCAACAGAUGCAGGAGGCCACUCUGGCGCGCCCAGGCUGAAGCUGGUGCUGAAGACACGUGGUGACCCAUCUACAACUGGACGAUCCGGGACAUGAUCGAUUGCAGGCCCCGUGGACCGCCUUGACGAAAUCUUCAUGCGCCCCCGACCUCCUCCGUGAAAAGCUAUUCAGACAUUACUUCGAUGCAUAUCAGUGUCAACUGGGUGGAAGAUUAUGCAUUUUAGCCUC